AUGUUCUUAAGCUUAACUCAGUUAUCUACCAUUCAAGCAUUUUGUCCUUUCUCUCAUCUUUCCUACACAAUUUGCUUUCCUCCUUUGAUCUCUCAUUCAUCAACUGCUUCAUUUCACUCAUUCAACCGUUACACCAUUCACUUUUUUUCUUCUUUUCCUUCAUCUCACAUUUGCUUUAAACCUCUUAACUAUCAUUCAACCUUUGCUUCUUUUCAUUUUUUUGCUCAUUCACCCUUUCUUUUUUUUCCCUUUUCUCUCAUUCACCCUUUACUUCUUUUCUUUUAUUCACCCUUUACUUCCUUUCCCUCUUCACUCAUUCACCCUUUCUUUCCUUUCCCUCUUCACUCAUUCACCCUUUCUUUCCGUUCCUUUUUCUUUCAUUCAGCAUUUGCUUCCUUUCCAUUUUCACACAUUAGGCUUUUCUUUCCUUUCCCUUUUCUCUCAUUCACCCUUUGCUUCUUUUCUUUCAUUCCUCCUCUGCUUCCUCUCCCUUUUCAAUCCUUUACCCUUUCUUUCUUUUCACUUUUCCCUCAUUCACUCUUUGCUUCUUUUCUUUCAUUCACCCUUUGCUUUCUUUCCCUUUUCACUCAUUCACCCUUUGCUUCUUUUAUUCACUCUUUGCUUCUUUUCUUUUAUUCCUCCUUUGCUUCCUCUCCCUUUUCAAUCAUUUGUCCUUUCUUUCUUUUUCACUUUUUUCUCAUUUACUCUUUGCUUCUUUUCUUUCAUUCCCAUUUUGCUUCAUUUCUCUUUUCACUCAUUCACCCUUUGCUUCUUUUCUUUCAUCCCUUGCUGCUUUUCUUUCAUUCACCCUUUGCUUCAUUUCCCUUUUCCCUCAUUCACUCUUUGCUUCUUUUCUUUCAUUCCUCCUUUGCUUCAUUUCCCUUUUCAAUCAUUUGCCCUUUCUUUCUUUUCCCUUUUUUCUCAUUUACUCUUUGCUUCUUUUCUUUCAUUCAUCCCCUGCUUCAUUUCCCUUUUCACUCAUCCGCCUUUUCUCUCCUUUCUCUUUUCUCUCAUUCACCUUUUGCUUUCUUUCCCUUUUCAUUCAUUGCUUCCUUUUCUCAUUUGUUUAUACCCUCUUUACUUUUAUUAAACUUAACAUUUUUAUUUCUUUUCUUUUUUAUUUUGAUUAUUUUUCUCUGUAACUCUUUUUUCUUCCAUUCUUCUCCUUUCUCCUUUUCUUCCAAAUUUUCUUCUUCUUUUCCAUCAUUUUUCUCAAUUUCCACCUAG